GACGAGGCUCUCCGCUCCGAAAGAGAAGAAGAAGAAGAAAGAGAAGAAGGAGGAAGGAAGAAGAGAGAAGAAACACUGAGAGGCUCAAGUCGGCGGCUACAAUGUUUCCCCAAAACCGACCACCGGCACCUUUGCAGCCACCCCCUGGGUCCUCUGUCUCAGUGGUGGCAGCUGCUGCUGCAGCAGCGGCGGCAGCAUCGGGGGCGCCCCAGUCACUGAAACUAACCUACCCAGAAACCCUGGACCGCAUCAAGGAGGAGUUUCAGUUCCUGCAGACCCAGUACCACAGUUUGAAAAUGGAGUGUGAGAAACUGUCUACAGAGAAGACUGAGAUUCAGAGACACUAUGUUAUGUAUUAUGAGAUGUCCUAUGGCCUUAACAUUGAAAUGCACAAACAGACGGAGAUUGCCAAGCGGUUGAACGUGAUCUGUGCUCAGCUCAUCCCAUUUCUGUCACCGGAGCACCAACAACAGGUGGUCCAGGCCAUGGAACGCGCCAAACAGGUGACCAUGGGGGAGCUAAAUGCUUCGAUAGGGCAACAGCUUCAGGCUCAGCACCUUUCCCAGCAUGUCCAGGGUUUGCAAAUGGGCCCCCACCCAUCAGGACUGACCCACCCCGGCUUGGCGCUUGGCGGAGGAUCCAGCCUGCUGGCCCUGUCCGGGGCUCUGGGGGCUCAGUUGGCUGCCAAGGAUGAGAGAGCCCACCUAGAGGCAGCCGCGGCCGCUGCUGCUGCUGCAGAGCACCACCGAGACCGUGAAGCAGGACCAAGCUCGCUGUCCAACGGGGAUAAGGGUCGCUCGGCAGACUACCUUAGCAACGGCAAGAAGAGGAAAGCAGAAGAGAAGGAGUUCAUGACGGACUAUGGCAGCGAUGCAGACAAGAGUGAUGAUAAUUUGGUGGUGGAUGAGGACCCGUCGUCCCCCCGCAGCGUGCAGUCCUACUCGUCCAGAGAGAACGGUUUGGACAAGAUGCCCCAGUCUCGUAAGGAGGGUCCACCGCAGGCCAGCCCCACCUCCCUGGCCUCCUCCAGCAGCGCCCCCUCCCCCUCCCGCGGCAAAGAGCCCCCACAGAGGGAGAAAUCCAGCACUCCAGGUAUGAAGCCAGGGACCCCCAUGUCUCAAGAGUCCAACACCCCAGGACCCAGCGGCCCUCCGCAGUUCAGACCGAUCCCGGGCAAACCUGGUGUCGACCCCCUCGCUCUGGGUCUCAGGAACCCUCUGGCGGUGCAGGGAGCGUACCCUCCGGGGGCGUUUGGCCUGCCGCCUCCGGGGGUGAAUGGGGACCUGCCCGGGGCGGGGGGCUACGGCGCCGGCCUCCACUUGGUUUCCCCCCAGAUGAACGGAGCUGCAGCAGCAGCGGCGGCGGCAGCUGCUGCCGCUGGCUACGGACGGUCCCCUGGGGUGGGCUACGAAUCUCCACACCCACACAUGAGGGUCCCUGGGCUUCCUGCCAGCCUGCAGGCAGCUGCCUCCGGAAAGCCCGCCUACUCGUUCCAUGUGAGCGCAGACGGCCAGAUGCAGCCGGUGCCCUUCCCCCCCGACGCCUUGCUGGGCCCGGGAAUCCCUCGCCACGCACGCCAGAUCCACACCCUAAACCACGGGGAGGUGGUGUGCGCCGUCACCAUCAGCACCUCCACACGCCACGUCUACACCGGAGGGAAGGGCUGCGUCAAGGUGUGGGACAUCAGCCAGCCGGGCAGCAAGAGCCCCAUGGCCCAGCUGGACUGUCUGAACAGGGACAACUAUAUCCGCUCCUGCAAGCUGCUGUCGGACGGCCGAACCCUGAUCGUGGGCGGCGAGGCCAGCACGCUGUCCAUCUGGGAUUUGGCCACGCCCACCCCCCGCAUCAAGGCGGAGCUGACCUCCUCCGCCCCCGCCUGCUACGCUCUGGCCAUCUCCCCCGACAACAAGGUCUGCUUCUCCUGCUGCAGCGACGGCAACAUCGUCGUCUGGGACCUUCACAACCAGACGCUGGUCAGGCAGUUCCAGGGCCACACGGACGGAGCGAGCUGCAUCGACAUCUCCAACGACGGCACCAAGCUGUGGACGGGGGGGCUGGACAACACGGUGCGCUGCUGGGACCUCCGAGAGGGACGGCAGCUGCAGCAGCAUGACUUCACCUCGCAGAUCUUCUCUCUGGGCUACUGUCCCACGGGCGAGUGGCUGGCUGUGGGAAUGGAGAGCAGCAAUGUGGAAGUGCUGCACGUCUCCAAACCUGACAAGUACCAGCUGCACCUCCACGAGAGCUGCGUCCUCUCCCUCAAGUUUGCCUACUGCGGUAAAUGGUUCGUGAGCACGGGCAAAGAUAACCUGCUGAAUGCAUGGAGGACACCUUACGGAUCCAGCAUAUUCCAGUCCAAGGAGUCUUCGUCGGUUCUCAGCUGCGACAUCUCCCCCGACGACCAGUUCAUCGUCACCGGCUCCGGGGACAAGAAGGCCACAGUCUACGAAGUCAUCUACUGAGCUCCCAAUGGCCGAAGAAUUUAAACUAAUAAUCGGGGGGGGCGGAGCCAAAGCUCCCUCCUGCACCAAUGACUGUACAGAGCGUCGGUGGCAUGGGAAACAAGAGACACUCAACUCGUACUUUGUUGUUUUGUUUACGUUUGUGAAAGAAAUGAGAGAGAGAGAGAGAGAAGCGAGGGGGCACAAAGUCACAUCUCUGGAAAAAAGACAAACAAACUUUGAACUUUGUUUUUAAUGCUCUGAGAACGCUGGUUAGUCUAUAGCUGCGCAAAUGUGGGAUUCCUCCAAAGAACUUCUUGUUUUGUUCCUUUUUUUUCUCCCUUUUUUUAACAAAAUAAAACCUCUGUAGUAAACAAGAAAUUAGCAAAACUUAUUUUUUUAGCCUUUGAAUUUUUCGCAAAACUGUUGGACGGCACCACGAGGAGAAAGACACACGGGAAUGAAGAAGUGUGGGGAGGAAACUUGUCAUGAAAAAUACAGUCCAUAUUCUGCUCUGUGUUUUAAUAAAAUAAGAAUAAAAAAAAAGUCCCAGGCCGGCUGAGCUUGGAGCAGUCUGGCCCGGUCUGGCCUGGUCCGCAGAACGUGGCUGCUCCUCGGGGCAGCAGAUGUGUGGCAGAUGGUUUGUUGUGAGGUUCCAGCUUUUUUUUCUUCUUCUUCUUCUUCUCCUGGUUAAGUUUUUAGCAGCAACAUGAUUGUAUCAUCUGCAGAACAUACAUGACCCAACACGGCUCGGUUUCCUCUCCAGCGUCCUGAGACUCGGUUUGUUUUUGUUCCUGUUGAUGUUGUUUUUUUUCUAUUACUAAAGAACAAAGAUGAGGAUCUGGGGAUGUUUUUUUAAGGAAACCAGCCCGGAACAAAAAGAAAGAAAAACUCACUACCCAGAGGACAGAAAGCUGAAGUUGAUUCAAACAUCUCUCAACAAGUUCUCCCCCCCCCCCUUCCAGUGUCGGUGACGUGGCCUCUCCAACGCGAUCUUCAUCUUUAACACUCAACAUUAAAUGUGAUUUUCUAUUGUAUUUGUUAGGGAACAUAUAGGCAGACUGGGAUUUUAACAACUGCAUCAUGAUGAACCUUGAACCUUGCUAUAU